AUGCACAUUCACGUGUUCGUUAAAUUUCCACUAACUGUCCAGGCUACCUCGGGUAUUCAGGUCUUGCAGCUUUUCGAGGCUCAAACCGGUCUUCCAAGAUCGUACGCAGUCAUUGUCGGUGUUGCGGUCUACUUUGUGAUUAUUUUCUUGAACCUUGCCGGUGUCGGCCAAUUGUUGUCGAACAUUGCCGGGUUCGUUGUUCCUUGCUACUAUUCGCUUCUUGCGUUGGAGACCACCACCACCUCCGACGACACUGCGUUGUUGACGUACUGGGUGGUGUUUGCCUUCUUGAACGUCAUUGAGUUCUGGUCGCGCGCGAUCCUCUACUGGAUUCCAUUUUAUUUCUUGUUCAAGACUAUUUUCUUGCUCUACAUUGGUGUUCCUGCCUUCGGCGGUGCCCAGUUGGUCUACGUCAACUUGAUCAAGCCAUUUUCGCGUGCUUACAUCGUCAAGAACAAGUCCUUGUCCAAGACUGUCGAUGAGGUUGCCGAGGGUGUUUCCAGCGCCGUGGAGUUGUAA